ACAGAGGACGAAUAAUGUCAAUAAGCUUGACAGUGCGGAAACCGCGGUUUCGAACGGUGCUGCUUAAUGUUUGUGAAUUCCUGCCACAACGGCCUUCUCUCCCCAGCCUUCUCACAGGUUUCGGCGUCCCCGUUGCCGUGCGCGUUCCCGCUGCUUAAAGUCCCUAUUCCCCAGUACGGCCCUUGCGCUUGGUUAGUAAGAGGUUAUUACUUUCUCGGUUACGUGUUUUAUUUACCAGUAGGUUAUCUUAAGCGUUAUCGUCUAAAGUUGUCCCGGGUAGUAGGACACAGUACCUGAAAACAUUUGCUUGUAAACGCGGGCUACCUACCUGCUUGUGAGCAGGGCCUUAUGAUAAGGGAUUGUUUAUGCCUCGUCUUGACGCUAAAAACUUCCGUAACACGAGUACUUAAUGUUCUUGUACUGUGAAACCGGAAGUCGAAUAUUCACGUAUUUUCUGUUUUUCGACGUCCAAACACAAAGACGACGUAGGAAUUGGGUAUGCUCCUCUUCAAGCUGACGUAAAGAAAUGUUCAAAAGAAAAAAUGAAGUUUUAUAUUUUUGUAAGGGCAAGUCAUAGGAAUGUAAGGGGUUUUCCGAGAAAACAGGAUAUUAAAAUGCGUGACCUUUCAAUUGAUACGGGAUAUUUCCCUUCGCUUUUGUUCUUUCUCAGGAAACGGUAAAACAAACAACUCAAUCUCUACAGCGAAGUUUCCUCGCUUACAACGAUACGAGUUCCUGAUUACGAAAUAACCGGGUGAGAAUGGCUAGCAAAGGAACAGAAAAUCCUUCCACUGAGUUGCAGAAGUCGUAUAUUGCCGUGGUAGCGAUAGAUUUUGGUACGUCGUACAGUGGUUUUGCAUUUUCAUUCAAUAAGGGUGAAGAAAAGGACGCCAUAUUUAUGAACAAGGACUGGACGAAUGAACAAGGUAGCAGAACGAGCAAGGCGCCGACAUGCUUGCUUCUUGCUCCAGACCUCACAUUUCACUCGUUCGGUUACGAGGCAAUGGAAAAUUAUGCACAACUUCAAAGCGAGGAAGAGGAACAACAAUACUUUUUCUUUCAGCAUUUUAAAAUGGCGCUCCAUAGCGACAAGACCUUGAGCUUGGAUACAACCAUCGAAGCAGCCAAUGGAAAACACGUUAAGGCCAGGACUGUUUUUGCACAUGCCAUUAAAUUCAUGAAAGACGAGGCUAUCAAACUCAUUCGUGAUGAAACUGGGGAUAAACAGUUUAAAGCGGAUGAUAUCCAGUGGGUUCUAACUGUACCUGCCAUAUGGACCCCGAGAGCUAAACAGUUCAUGAGAGAAGCAGCUUAUGAGGCUGGCAUUGGUUCUAUGACCAAUCCUGGACAGUUAAUCAUUGCUCUAGAACCUGAAACUGCCGCUUUGUUCUGCAUGGAACGAAAGAUCAGCAAACUUGAAACAGAACGUGUCAGUGAUCUUGAAGACGCAAAGCUUGCACAGCCACAAACUCAGUACAUGGUCGUUGACAUUGGAGGGGGGACGCUAGAUGUGGCCAUACACGAAAUUACUGAUGAUGGCAGUAUCAAAGAGAUUGACAAGAUUACCGGGGGCCCUUAUGGAGGAAUCAAGGUAAACCGUAAGUUUGAAAACCUUUUGGACGAGCUGUUUGGAGCAGAAAAUCUGAAAAAGUAUAGAGAGCAGUAUCCCUCUGACUGGCUUACUGUAAUGAAUGACUUUGAAGGAAAAAAGCAGGGCUUGCGAAUUGUAGAGGGAAAAACGACAAAUAUCCGUUUGCCAGCCACUUUUGCUUCCUUGGUCAAACGACGUCCAAGUUAUACCAGGCAACGUUACGGUGAGGAAGAGGUUAAGCUCAGAAAGAACGAAUAUCUUUGCUUAAGUCAAAGCAUGAUGAAGAUGUUGUUUAAGCCAGUUUUGAACGACAUUAAAGAACAUCUUAAAGCCUUACAAGGAAGACAGCAGGUUUCAAAAGUGAAAACAAUGCUAUUAGUCGGAGGAUUCGCAGACUCUGCCUUGCUUCGAGAAGAAAUGCUGAAUGAAUUUUCCCACGAUUAUCGCGUUCUGAUCCCUCGUAACGCUGCUAUAGCGGUAGUUCAAGGUGCUGUCUUAUUCGGCAAGAAUCCAGCUAAAAUAACAGAGAGAAUAGUUAGCACCACCUAUGGUGCCGACUGUUCACGAGAUUUUGAUAAGACCGUUCAUCCUAUCGACAAGUUGUUCAUGGCAGAUGACCGUCAAAAGUGUAAGGACUUAUUUAACUGUUUUGUCAAAGAAAAUGACGUUGCAAGGUCUGGUCAAAGUAUUAAGAGGAUGUAUAGCCCGCUCCACGAUAACGAUACCGAGCUCACGUUUGGAUUUUACAUUACAAGAAAUCCCGAUUGCAAGUUUGUUACUGACCCAGGGGUAACCAAGAUUGGAAGUGUGAAGGUCCAGUCACCCGAUAUUUCGAAAGGUCGCGGCAGAGAUAUUGAAGUCAGCAUGCAUUUUGGCGGAACAGAAAUUGUGGCUACAGCGGUGGAUAUUACAAGUGGAUGUACAGCUCAAACUACCCUAGACUUUUUUCAUAAGUAACUGACACUGACGCUUGCAUUGAUUCCUAUGUGGAGACGAAAAUGGCCAAUUCACUCCGUGAGACGAGCCUGCAGGGAAUCAUGGUAGUUGUAUUUAUUAUCUAGGACUCACGGUUGAGGACUGGAUAUUUGUUUUCAUGAAUACAACUACCAUCUUUCCCUGCAGACACGUGUCAUAGAGGGAAUUGCUCAUUGUGCCAUUAUGAGUUCACCAAAUUUAAAGGAGCUCAGUCACGGUUUGCGCAUAUUGAAAAGUUUAGCCUCAGUUUUUCAAAUUCGUCGUUUGUAAU